AUGAUGGACAUUGGGAUUAGAAAGAUAUUCAAUAAAGAGCAUGAUCUCUUUAGAGAAAAUGUUAGAAGGUUCUUUAAGGAAGAAGUAGUGCCUUAUCAUGAUGAGUGGGAGAAUAAAGGAGAAGUCAGCAGAGAGCUAUGGAUGAAGGCUGGGGAGCAGGGAUUGUUAGGAUUAGGAGUGCCAGAGAGAUAUGGAGGUGUCGGAGGGGAUUGGCUGUCAUCCACCAUCGUACUUGAAGAGCAGUCCUACUGCAACUGCACUGGUCCGGGCUUCUUAAUGCAUUCAGAUAUCGUCAUUCCGUACAUUCUUCAUUAUGGGACUAAGGAACAGAUUGAAAAAUAUAUACCAAGAAUGCUAGCUGGCACUUGCAUUGGUGCUCUGGCUAUGACAGAACCUGGAGCUGGGAGCGAUCUUCAAGGAAUCCGGACAUUGGCCAAGAAAGACGGAGAUGAUUGGAUCCUGAAUGGUAGUAAAACUUUCAUCACAAACGGCUAUUUAUCCGGAGCCGUGAUCGUAGUUGCAAUCACGGAUCCCAACGCCAAAUCCAAAGCCCACGGGACCAGUUUGUUCGUAGUCGACGAGGGCACUCCUGGGUUCAAGAAGGGUGAGAAAUUGAAGAAGAUUGGGAUGAAAGCCCAAGACACUUGUGAACUAUUCUUUGAUGACUGCAGACUGCCUGCAUCGGCCAUGCUUGGUCAAGCAAAUAAGGGAUUCUACUACCUAAUGAACGAGUUACCCCAAGAAAGAUUGAUAAUAGGCCUACUUGGCUGUGCCUCCUCUGAAUUCAUGUUCGAAGAAACCAGACGAUACGUCAACCAAAGAAAAGCAUUCGGAAAGUAUAUAUCCUCUCUUCAGACGAUCCAGCACAAACUGGCAGAACUGAAAACAAGCAUCUGUGUGACCAGAAGUUUCGUUGACACCUGCAUCCAGAUACACAAUGAUCAUAAAUUAGAUUCAAAUAUGGCCUCUAUGGCUAAAUAUUGGGCCACUGACCUUCAAAACAAGGUCGCCUACGAUUGCCUUCAGAUGCACGGGGGCUGGGGCUACAUGUGGGAGUACCCCAUCGCCAAGGCCUACUGCGACUCUAGGGUUCAGCCCAUAUACGGCGGUAGUAAUGAAAUUAUGAAGGAAUUAAUAGCCAGGAAUAUCGUCAACAAAUAA